AUGGCGCCAUGGGGAAAACAAAGAGAUUCCGAGACGAAUAAAAACGCAUCAUCGGAAUCACUUUCAACGACUCCAAAUGACGACGUAAACGACGACGAACAACACGAACGAACGAAGAUGAACGAACAAAAUCAACGCUCGCAUUCGGUGGCAAAAGCAGAGAUGGGAGAAAAAACCCAACCGUGGACAAAACAGGAAGACUUAAAACUUCAGCACAUGCAAGAAAAAUACGGCAACAAAUGGGCGACGGUCGCGUCGCAGUUACCGGGACGGACCGGACAACAGUGCGCGCAACGAUGGCGACAUCGCGUCAAUCCAAACAUACGGAGAGAAAAGUGGACGAAAGAGGAAGACGAAAAGGUAAUUUUGAUGAUGUUUGUACUUUCUUUUUCACGCUUUAAAAACCAUCGUCAUCUCUCGCGGGAGUCGCGAGAGAUUCGGCGGUUCGAGCGACGAAAACGAGAGACAUCACUUAGUAGUACGAGCGAGCGCUCCCGCGGAGUCGAAACGUCUUACUUCGAGAUCGAGUCAACGGGAGGAACAGAAAACGCCAUUUGGGCGUUUGUUACUUUUUUUAACCAAAAAUUUGAUUUUUUUUUCUUCUUUUUGCGCUCAAAUUUGAGUGCUUUUGCUGACAAAAACUCUCCUUAUUUCUCUCUCUCUCGAACGAACAACACUACUCACACAUGUGUAACACAGUUAGCGAAACUGUACGACGAACACGGCCAAAGAUGGGCAAUUAUCGCGCGAUCUCUGAGCGGUCGAACCGAUCAGCAGUGCAUGGGCAGGUGGCGAAGACAUUUAGACCCGAGCGUCGAGCGAGGGAACUGGAAAAAGGAGGAGGACGAGCAGUUACGGAAAGCGUUCGAGACGCACGGGGCGAGGUGGGCGUUUCUCGCGAGGGAUAUCGAAGGGAGGACGGCGCAACAGUGUCGCGCGAGGUUUUAUCAGUUGAGGCAAAUUGAGGAAGAGCGAGAGGAGGAAGAGGAGGAGAAGAAGAAGAAGAAGAAGAAGAAGAGACAGACUUUCUCGGACGAAGAGGAGGAGAAGAAGGAGGAGGACGGAGCGAAGAAAGACGAAGAAGACGAAAAGAAGAGGAAGAAGAGGAAGACGAGCGGGAAAGAAAACGCGAAUACCAAUAGUAAUAACAAGAACGGCUCAAAAUCGAGCGCUACUAAAAUCGUCACCGUCGCGAAAGGAUCUUUAGCGGAAGCUUUCCCGCCGAUUACCGCUUCGAUGGAACAAAUAUCUCUCCGAGAGGAAAACGACGCCGCGAAGAAAGGGUCUCUCGAACCGACUCAGUUCGAUCAAGUGGCGGCGAUGAGUGAAAGCGCAGACAACGCGACAGCGAUGACGACGCCGGUGAAGAAGAAGAAUCCGGUGACGACUGGUACCGAGGACGGCGCGGAGAUCAAUGAAAAUCAUCAUCGAUUCUUUGCCCUAAAAGAUCCUUCGAAGAGCGUAAGCGCGCCUUCAACUCCAGAGGAGAAAGCCGAGAAGUCUCCUCCCGCGCGUUCGUCCCGAUCGACGAAGAAAACAACCCCAACUCUUCCCUCGGUAACUACGAAGAAGCGCGGCAAACUCUCCUCGACGACACCAACCAACACAGGCUCUAAUAACAACAAAGGUUCUAAUAAAUCAAAGACUAAGCCGAAAACGUCGAGAAGAACGCCCGAAAAACUCAACGGAGAAGGAGGACAAAGACGCCGAAAAACAUCCAUCAUCAAGAAGGACGCAUUCAGAGGCAUCGAAGACGACACGUUAACGCUCCUCUGCGCGGCCGCGGACAGACUGGAGAGCCUUUUCCCUCCCGCCGAACUCGGCGGCUCGGACGGGGCAAAAAAGGAAGAGGAAAACCUCAAAGCCUUUUACCGCGAUAGCGCGCGAUAA